UUUUUGUUCAAUAAAAACAAAAGUAUGAUUUGUAUAAGUACUCUGACAUAUAGCUGAAUAAGUCGAAUAUUGUAUUUUUUUCCCAAAAAUUAAUAUGCCCUUCCAUAACACGAAUGGCGUGGACCCCCCGCGAAGCGCAUUGGCAGUCAUGAGCCGAGCGAUGUUUGCAACGCCGACCAGCCAUUGCCUGUUUGUAAAGCACGAAAGCCGCCAUAUUUGCCGCGUCUUUGAGGUAUUCGAGGAAGACUGAAAGAUGUAUUUUACAAAAGAAUGACAUUUUUCGUCGAGUAUAAUUUCUCCAUGGACGAUUUUUCGUCUGCUAAAGAAUAAAAAUAAAGAUAAUAGUUGAAUGCCAGCAGGAAGAUAUGUCUGCCACAAUGGACCAUGACUAUGGACAGCAGCUUGCAGAGCCUGUUCACAUUCAACAGAUGGAGCAUGCUCUGAGGUUAGAGCCACUACUGUCGUACGUGGAGAACUUGGUGAAGGAACCAGUGCGCCACAGCAGUGAUGGCUGUGAUAGUACAGACAGUGAGUUUGAUUUCCUGCAGCCCUGUUUACGUGAUGAGGAUGACAAUAAAAUCAUGAAUGGAAUCACAAUCACUAAAGCAGAGAGGAAAGCUGACAAGACAAGAUUAUAUAAUUUCAGCAAAGUGAAGAAGGGAAGAAAAUGGCUUAAGAACAUCCUUCUAAGUGAUAGUUCCUCAGAUGAAGAUGAAGACAAACCUAUUGCAGAGGAAGAUCUACAACACAUGCUUAAAAUUCACAAAUAUCAAAGGAAGCAUCAAAUGCGGUUCUACCAAGAUCCAGAGCUACACCAGUAUCAGUACUACAGCACAGGGUUAUUAUCAAAUUAUGAUAAAUACCAUGAACACCAGAAAGCAGUUCUUGGACCAAAGAAAAAGAUUUCUAAGGAUCACAAAAAGAAAGAAAAAAGAAUUAAAGAGAAAUUGAAAGAAAUGAAGAAAAAGAAACACCACCAGAAUGGAAAUGAUGAUGGGGAGAUGGAAGAAAUCGAUCCUUCAAUUGUGGAGGCCUACUUAGCUCACAAAAAGAAUCAGGCUGCUAGAGUCGGGAAAGGCAAAAGGCUGACCCCGGAACAAGCUGAUGUCAAGAGGAAAAGGCUGUGGAUCUCCAUAGCGAAGAAAGAAAUCCCCAAAGCACAGAAACAGAAAGUAUCAGCUAGAAAGGAAGUGUUGCAGUCUUUGAAAAAGAUGUCGCAACAGAGUAUGAGAGAGUGUAGAAAAGCAGCGAUUCACUCCCAGAAAAUGAGCAAAGACUGUACCUCGAGAGCAAAGAGGUUAAGUCGGGAGAUGGUCAGCUACUGGAAACGCUUCGAGAAAGUGGAAAAGGACAUACGUAAGAAAGCGGAGAAAGAGGCACAGGAACAACGCAAGAUGGACCUAGAGUUACGAGAGGCUAAAAGGCAGCAGAGAAAAUUGAAUUUCCUUAUAACCCAAACGGAAUUGUAUGCACAUUUCAUGGCAAGAAAACUGACCGGGGAAUCGGAGUCCAUGAAAAAUAACAUUUUAGGAAAGCUGGAUGAGGACAAGUCUCAGAAUCAGCUGGAAGUGGAAGGAAGGGUCCUUGUGGAUGUGGCAGUAGAUGACUAUGACAGUGAGCGAAUGAAGAAUAUGGCUCUUAGAAAUGCACAAGAUGCCUAUGAUAAACACCAGGCAAAGACGCAGCAGUUUAACGACAAGUUAAGUCUGGCAAAUCCUUCAAUCAGCACAGAUGCAGAAAGACCUCAACCCAGUAUGUUUGAAGGAACACUGAAGGCUUAUCAACUGAAGGGGAUGAACUGGUUGGCGAAUCUGUAUGACCAAGGUAUAAAUGGAAUCCUGGCAGAUGAAAUGGGUCUGGGUAAAACUGUACAGAGCAUGGCAUUCCUUGGACACCUGGCAGAGGCUCAAGGGAUCUGGGGACCAUUUCUCAUCAUUGCUCCAGCAUCAACACUGCACAACUGGCAGCAGGAGUGUGCUAGAUUUGUUCCUAGGUUCAAGAUCGUGCCUUACUGGGGAAACACACAGGACCGCCGUAUUCUGAGGAAGUUCUGGGACCAGAAGUGUCUCCACACUGAGGAGGCUUCGUUCCACGUGGUCAUCACCAGCUACCAACUGGUGAUUCAGGAUGUCAAGUACUUCCAGAGGAUCAAGUGGCAGUACAUGAUUCUGGAUGAAGCCCAGGCCAUUAAAAGCAGCAGCAGUGUUCGAUGGAAAAUUCUACUUGGUUUUAACUGUCGAAACAGACUGCUUCUCACUGGUACACCCAUACAGAACAGCAUGGCUGAGCUGUGGGCUUUACUUCAUUUUAUCAUGCCUACAAUGUUUGACUCCCAUGAUGAGUUCAAUGAGUGGUUUUCUAAAGACAUUGAAAGCCAUGCAGAAAAACAAUCAGGAAUUGAUGAAAACCAGUUGAGUCGCCUUCACAUGAUUUUAAAGCCAUUCAUGUUACGGAGGGUAAAGAAGGACGUAGAGAAUGAACUCUCCGAUAAAAUUGAGAUUUUGGUGUAUUGCCCACUGACGACACGGCAGAGGAUGUUGUAUCAGGCUGUGAAGAACAAAAUUUCAAUUGAGGAUAUUUUACAAGGGACAUCGGGGAACACUACACAGGCCCAGACUUCCACAUCAAGUCUCAUGAAUCUAGUCAUGCAGUUCAGAAAGGUUUGCAACCACUCUGAACUCUUUGAAAGGCGCGAGAUUAAGUCACCAUUUUACAUGAAGACUGAAGCAUAUCAUAUGCCAAAGCUUUUAUAUCAAGAGGGUCUGUAUGAAACCAUGACACAAAGUUUCCAGAGAAUUCUGUUCAGCCUAUUCUACAUUUUCUCCCCCGAGAAUGUGCAUUCUUCUAUUUUCUCAGAUCAGUCAUCGUAUCGAUGUUUCUCUUUCACCAGAUUUGUCAAUUUGUCUCCUAAGGAGAUUUUAGAUUAUAUGUUUGGUGGACUUCUGGUCAGGUGGUUAGGUGUUUUCCUUCUGAGGAAGAUAGAGGAAAGAAUUCGCCACACAAGCACCUGGGAUGAAGCUCCCAAAAGUUUUCUGUUGACCCCACUAAGAACAACGUCUUUCAGUAAUUUGUCGGAGAGCAGAAACCUUCGACAUCUUAUUUUCACCAGUCCUACCUCCUCUUUUUACGGAUUUAAUCCUUGUACACUUCACUACAUGAAAGAGACUAUAUCACAUCGCAGAAUCCGAUUUAGAAAUCACAAAUCUAUUAGAAGUCCCCCGUCCUCUCCCAAUAAAGCUCAACAUAAUCCUCUGCAGUCCCUAGAAGAUUUUCCCAUCCAUCGUCACAUUCCACGGCCAAGCCGAGUCGUUCAGUGCCAACCGACAGAUCUACCUAAAUUUCUCUACUACACAAUUCCAAAGGUACAAGUGAAGCCCUGUCGCUUCUUCUGUCCAGACCGUGGUGCUGCCUGGCAGGUGAUGAAGGAGAACCUUUGUGGUUCCCCAGAUGGUUUAUUGAGCAUCCUCUAUGGAAGUCCAGGUGUGUACGAGCUGGUCAGGUGGUACAAUCCCUGGCACUUCUCAUCUGCCCCAAUGGGAGGGGUCAUGGGGUCCAAGCCGGUCCAUGGCUUGUCAGGCUGUUUUGUUCCAGAUAAGGAAUCGCUCAUAUCAGAUGCAGGAAAGCUCUCGGUGCUAGAUACGUUGUUGGCCAAAUUGAAGGCGGAAGGUCACAGGGUGCUGAUUUACUCGCAGAUGACUCGUAUGAUUGACCUGCUAGAGGAGUACAUGUGGCACAGAAAGCACACUUAUAUGAGGUUAGAUGGCUCCUCCAAAAUCUCGGAUAGACGUGACAUGGUGGCAGAUUUCCAGACGAGGUCCGAUAUCUUUGUUUUCCUGUUGAGUACGAGGGCUGGAGGACUUGGGAUCAAUCUCACUGCUGCUGAUACUGUGAUCUUCUAUGAUAGUGAUUGGAAUCCUACCGUAGAUCAACAGGCCAUGGACCGAGCUCACAGACUGGGUCAAACUAAACAGGUGACAGUGUACAGACUGGUAUGUAAAGGAACCAUCGAGGAGAGGAUCCUAGAGAGAGCCAGGGAAAAGAGUGAGAUACAAAGGAUGGUGAUUAGUGGUGGAAACUACAAAACUGACAUGCUGAAACCCAAAGAAGUGGUAUCUCUGUUACUGGAUGAUGAAGAAAUUGAGAAAAAAUUGAAGCAGGGAAAACAAGAUGGUGAUACAGGACGAGACAAAGAAAGAAAGAGAAAACGAGAAUACAAGAAAAGAGAGGGUAAGAAGCCUAAGGGAGAUGAAAUAAAUGUGACAUACCAGGUGGACAGUGAGUCUGUGUACAGCAUGGACUCCACCUCUGUUCCUGCCAGUCCACUCAGUGUGAUGUCAGUUGGAAGUGAAGCAACUAACCAACAGGGUAUUGAUGACAGCAGUAACGAUGCCCUGGUAAUUGUUGAUGACCCCCACUCGGGCUUCCCACCAGUGACUCCCACUGGAAAAAGAGGGACAGGGAAGAGGGGGCGACCUAAAGGAUCCACAGGGGUCCCUCGUCGCUCAAGGGGACGGGGUAGCAUCAGGAAAUCCUUAAGUGCAGCUGAACUGGCCGGGGCCCAGGCAGGGAUGACGGCCGCUUAUGCAGCUUAUGGGUAUAACAUAACAGGGAGUUCUCCUGCUACCAAAAUGCCAGCCCCAACAGAAUCCCCAAAAUCUGAAUCUCCCAGUCAUCAGAAACCUUGAAAACUUAGCAUUUGAAAUGCUUCUACAGGAAUGUAGAUAGGACUAUGCUCUAUGAUCUUGAGGAAAUAGCGGGCUAUACUUCCGUAUCUGUGCUAGUGGUAUGGAUUUGAAGAAAUAUGUAAUUUAUUACGUAUAUGCAGACAAUCAUGGGAUGAUUAUGAAAUAAAAAGAGAAAAGUA